GACUAAUCUAAAAUUAGGAAGGUCUCCUUCUUGGCACUACCUCCAGUGUCCUCCGAGUUCACCCUCCGGAAGACACCUCUAACAGUACGAUCACUGCUUUGGCCUCAACUUGGUCACAAUGGCCACUGACACUAAGACGGUCCCCAUUCCCCCAAAGCGGGCGAAUACUGACUACCCGUUAAUUGAUUCCGAUCCGCACCUGAGACGAGUUUUUGGGUAUGCGAGACCUUCUGAUUAUGCUAUUGCCGGCGGGGCGGCUGCCGCCUCGCCACUAGCAUUCUGGGCUAUGGAAAGAGUCAGCCCGUCUCAUGUUGGUAGAGGAGGCUUUGCCCCUGUGAUGCGGCUAGCAACAGCCAUUGGUCUUAUUGGAGGUCUACAUGUACUCUACCAAAGAUCUUGCAAUCGCUUUUACGGUUUCACCGAAAACUCGAGGGAAGUUGAGAUGGAUACCAGGGAAAUGGUUGACAAGGUCAAGAAGGGUGAAUCCUUAUAUGGCGCCUCGAAGGUGUCUACUUAUUUGCAAGGAGUUGCGGCUAGGAACUCGCGGUAUUCAGAGUUAUUCAUCCAUGUUCUACCCUGGUUCAACAUCGUAAACCACGAUCAGCAUGGUGUGGACACAGCCAAGUACUAUCAGCAAGCCGAGCGGGAGCUUGAAGCUGAGCGUUUAGCGAAGGCUAGCUCUGCGUGAGCAUUUGAUUAGGAAAUAGUUAAGUUGAAUCAUAACAGGCGAACUCUUGUAUACUUAUUCUCAGGCGCAAUGUGCAAAGAUGAAGAAUAUGGGGGCUACUUUCUUCCCUUUUGGCUUUGACAUUCCUAAGCCUAAUAGUUUAUCUCGAAGUAGCACUGGCAUUUCUCUUCUGAUGACUUAGGUUGCCCUUGCGGAUAGUUUUGCUUCUUAGGUCGUAUGGCUGCGGCUUUCAAUGUCAUCGCCAAAUCCUGUUUUGAGCUCUCUGUUUUUCUUGGGGCGAGGUUUCGGUGCUAGCCUAACGUCAGUGAUUACUUUGAGCCUUCGAUAUGGACACACAGUCACUUGCCUUUCUCAUUUUCUUGUACAUAGAAGCGCCGAAGUAACAUUACAGCCUC